CACGCGAAUCCCGCAUAACAUUACGUCACACGCCAACUCUUCAAUGUUCGUUGAUAAAUAUAAUCCCAUCGCAACUUUCCUUUCCAUUUCGCGCUGGGUUUGAUGCUAAUUAGUGGAAGAGUCUUAACCUCUCUUCGGAAGUCCUCCUAUUUGCAAGAUGCAAAUCUUUGUGAAAACCCUCACCGGCAAGACCAUUACCCUUGAGGUGGAAAGUUCCGAUACUAUUGACAACGUCAAAGCUAAGAUUCAAGACAAGGAAGGCAUCCCUCCUGACCAGCAAAGGCUUAUUUUCGCCGGCAAGCAGCUGGAGGAUGGACGAACACUUGCUGACUAUAAUAUCCAGAAGGAGUCGACCCUCCAUCUUGUCCUUCGUCUCAGGGGAGGGAUGCAGAUCUUUGUGAAGACUCUAACUGGCAAGACCAUUACUCUUGAGGUCGAGAGCUCUGAUACGAUUGAUAAUGUUAAGGCUAAGAUUCAGGACAAGGAGGGGAUUCCACCUGACCAGCAAAGACUCAUCUUUGCUGGCAAACAACUCGAAGAUGGUCGCACCCUAGCUGAUUACAACAUUCAAAAGGAAUCUACCCUGCACUUGGUUCUGCGACUCCGUGGUGGUAUGCAAAUUUUUGUGAAGACUCUGACGGGGAAGACCAUAGCUUUGGAAGUUGAAAGUUCUGAUACGAUAGAUAAUGUAAAGGCUAAGAUACAGGACAAGGAGGGUAUCCCCCCUGAUCAGCAGAGGCUUAUCUUCGCUGGGAAGCAGCUGGAAGAUGGGCGUACCCUUGCUGAUUAUAAUAUUCAAAAGGAGUCCACGUUGCAUUUGGUUUUGCGACUUCGCGGUGGGAUGCAAAUAUUUGUCAAAACUCUAACCGGGAAGACUAUUACCUUGGAGGUUGAAAGUUCAGAUACAAUUGAUAAUGUUAAAGCGAAGAUCCAGGACAAGGAGGGAAUUCCCCUAGAUCAACAGCGGCUUAUUUUUGCUGGGAAGCAGUUGGAAGAUGGUAGAACUUUGGCUGAUUACAAUAUUCAGAAGGAAUCUACUCUCCAUCUUGUCCUCCGUCUUCGCGGUGGCUUUUAAGCGUCGUCCCAGAGUCUAGUGCGGAUUUGUUGACUGUAAUUAGUGCAACGUUAUGAAGUAGUACUUGCGCUUCUUGGCAUUUUUUAAUGUCAUGUGGAAAGCAGAGAUUUUAUUCUCAUUACAAUGGGCGCUUCAACAAAACAAUGGCAAAGUCAUAGUCACCUGCAUAGUGGCUUACAACAUUGCCUAAAAGAUCACUAGUGAUGAUCUUAGUUUAUUACAGGUAGAUAGAUACGCUAGCUCAAUUUCUAGUAGGCGUAGGUGAGCGACAACAUUGUUAGAGCUUACCUAGAUUUCAAUGCCACCCAAAUCACACCUAGGAAGUUCAAUGUCGCACCGUUCUGGCAGCCUCUGAAGCUCACGGAGGAACUGACGCAUCUCCCUUCCCUCUAGUUCAGAGCCCUGCCUCUGCAUGAUCCUCCUCAAGGCUUGGCACUGGCAGCUCCGGUCGUUUAUUUCUCUGAAC